AUGAAUGAUCUCCAAGCCAAGGGGGAAGAAGGGACAUUCGAUUUUGCGUUCGUGGAUGCUGACAAGGAGAACUACAUAAACUACCACGAGCAACUCUUGAAAUUAGUUAAGGUCGGAGGAAUUAUAGCCUACGACAACACCCUUUGGUCCGGUACGGUGGCGGCAUCGGACGAGGACGAGAUGCAAGACUACUUGAGGGGUUGCAGAGGACACAUCAUCAAAUUGAACUCGUUUUUAGCCAGCGAUUCUCGUAUCGAGUUAGCCCAUCUCUCUAUCGGAGAUGGACUCACUCUUUGCAAGCGUCUCCAAUAA